AUGAUCAAUACCAACAGCUCAUCUAUUACGUUUCGUAAACCAAAGCAUGCCAAAAGUGUAAAAUGGGCCAAUUAUCUUCAAAUAUUUGUUAAUGAUUCUCCUCAAUACUUUAUAUCAUGUAUAAAAUGUCAUUGUAUUUUGACAUGGAAACCAAAUGAUGGUACUAAUGUAAUGGACAAACAUGACAAAUCAUGUAAACAACACUCAUCAUCAUCAACACAACAGUCAAUUGAAUCAUUUUAUUUACCAAACGAUAAAUUUAAAAAACAAUUAAUUAAUUCUACAAAACGUAAAUUAACAAACGUUCUUGCUGAAUGUUGUGCUGUAGAUAGUUUACCAUUUAGUGUAUGUCGUGGUGAUGGUUUUAAAGAAUUAGGUAAUAAUUUACUUAAAGUUGGUCGUCAAUUAGGUGCAACAGUUUCGAUUGAAGAAGUUAUACCUGAUCCAACAACGAUUAGUAGAGAAAUUGAUAAAAUCUACAGCGCACGCAAAGAACAAUUAAUUUCAUAUUUGUCAACUCUUGAUCAUUUCGUAAUAACUGUCGAUUUUUGGACAGAGUAUCAAACAAAAAUAAGUUAUGGUGGUGUUACAUUACAUACAUAUUCAGAAGAAUAUGGUCUUUUAGUAUUUGUAUUAGCCUGUAAACCAUUUGAUUUACCAUCUCAAACUGCUGAUAAUGUUCGAUUAUUUACUGAUUCAAUACUUGAAUCAUACAAUUUACCAUUGAAUCAUGUAAAGUAUGUUGUAUGUGACAAUGAAAACAAGAUGCGUGCAUCUUUUCGAUAUGAUAUCAAUCGAAUAGGAUGUUCAGCUCAUUUCAUCAAUAAAAUCAUUGAACAUUCACUUUGUAUACCUAAUCCUGAUUGUGAAGAUAUUCAACGAUUAUUUAAUAGCAUACAUGAUCUUGUAGUUUAUUUAAGAUCUUCACAUAAUCAGUGUAAAUUAUCUGUCAAACUUCAGCUUUUCUGCAAAAUUAAAUGGAACAGUGCAUAUAGUAUGCUCUCCAGUUUUAUCAAUGUAUAUCCUGAAUUAAAUAUGGUUAUUAAUGAUAAAGCUCAAAAAUUAACUUUUGCUCAGAUCGAUUUUGAUGAAUUAAUUUCUUUUGCUAAAUAUUUGAAAUAUUUUGUUGACGUUACAGAAAUGCUAAGCGCAGAGAAAACGCCAACAAUUUCUUUAGUUUUACCACUUAAACAACGUCUUAUAAAUAUAUCUAAACCAAAUCCUACUGAUCCAGAAUCAAUAAUGAAGUUUAAAAAAUAUUUUGAAAAUAAAAUUCCAACAUACUGGGAAGUUGAUGAUAUACAUUUUAUUGGUACUGUUCUUCAUCCAAAAUUUAAACACUUACAAAUAUUAAUAAAAUUAAUUUAUCGAUACGACUAUAUUAUAUAUAUAUCUGUUUUCUAUGUUUCAGAUUCUCAAUCAGAUUUAUCAUUUAAUUUUGAAGUUUCAUCAGCACAAUCAAUAUUAAUAUCAUCUACUGAUACAAAAGAUCUUUUAUCUGAAUGUUAUGAUCAAAUUUCUACAACUUCAAAAGCAUCUGAUAAUAAUGAUGAAUUAAAAAGAUAUUUACAAUCUAUCGACAGUUUAAUUGAUAAUGAAGAUUUAUUUGAUUUUUGGAGAAGACAAAAAUUUAUAUAUCCAGUUCUUUAUUCAAUUGCACGUGAUAUACUUAUUGUUCCAGCUACUAAUACUGCAGCUGAACGCUUAUUUUCCGCUAGUGGUAAUACAGUAACUGAAACGCGAAACCGUUUAUCAUCCCAAAAAGUUGAUAAAUUGAUGUUUAUUAAGAAGAACGUAGCAAUUUUAAAGAAAAUUUUUGGUAAAAUUGCAACAUCAAAUAAUCUUGAUACUAGUGUUGAUUCAACUGCUCAAAAAGGUGAAAAACGUUUAUAUGAACAUUUACUCGAUGCUGAUAAUAACGAUAUUGAUAAUCAUAAUAAUUCUAGUGAUGAUGAAGAAUAG